CUGUCCAUGCCGCUUAAACUUGCCUCCCCAAGAGUCAAGGAAAAGACCGCCUCAUGGAACUGACCAAGUGGACACCUCAGGGAGCCCCCAACCAAACCCAGGCCAGCACUGGUCUCAGCUCCCUGCUGAGGGACCACAUGGAGGGGAGGAGCGGCGCCAACUCCACCAGGGCCCUGAAACUUCCAGAUGGGACCAGCGCCGCCUGGUACAUUCUCACCAUCAUUGGCAUCUAUGGAGUGAUCUUCCUCUUCCGGUUGGCCAGCAACAUCCUCAGAAAGAACGAUAAAUCCUUGGAAGAUACUUACUACUCCAAUCUGACCUCCGAACUCAAAAAGAAAGGUCUCCCGAGCAAGGGGGCUGAAGGUUCUGCACUGACCAUCAGCAACAGAGCUGUCCUGCAGCCCGGCCAGGCCAGCCUGGGGCCAAAAUAUAAAAACAGUGAGUGCCAAACUGAAAUCCAGGGGAUCCCUUGAAAGUCAAGGCACACUGAACUCCACAGAAGAGGCCCAACCUUCCUACCAGGGGAGGCAGCUUUGAGUUUACCUGGAACCUUGAGAGAGGAGUCGGGCCCUUGAAUGGGGCUGGAAGAGCAUCCCUGGGGCACUUAGGACAGAGGGAGUGUGACCGGAGCCAGCGUCCCGUUCCU